CCACCAUCAUCGUCGGGUAAGUACUAGCGUCCCUUCCCGUCCCCAACCAAGCGUUUCGAGAGAGAGUCUCCAUCUCACCCAGCUGCAUCGUUCCGCUCAAAAAUCAUCCACCAUGUUCACCUACGAUGGCACCCGAUCCCAGCUCGAGUGGUUCUCCACACUCAACAUCUCGAAGGCUCCAGUGCCAACCCCAGAGACCAAGUUCCUGCGCAAGACUUCAAUCAUCGCCACGAUUGGUCCCAAUACCAAUUCAGUGGAGAAACUCGCGGCCCUCAGACGGGCGGGCGUCAAUGUUGUUCGCAUGAACUUCUCUCAUGGCUCAUACGACUACCACCAGAGCGUCAUUGAUAACACGAGGAAAAUGGUGGCCUCGGAGCCAGGACGUCCUGUCGCUAUUGCUCUUGACACGAAAGGCCCUGAGAUCCGAACUGGGAUGAUGAAAAAUGGAAAAGACAUCCCCAUCAAGGCGGGUCAUGAGUUCAUCAUCACGACCGACGACAAGUAUAGCGAGUGCUGCGACGAUAAGAUUCUCUGGCUCGACUAUAAAAACCUUUCCAGGGUGAUCUCCCCAGGAAAACUCAUCUACAUCGAUGAUGGUAUUCUGUCCCUCUUGGUUCUUUCCAUCGACGGACCCACCGUCCACGUCCGUGCUGUGAACAAUGGCACCCUAUCUUCUCGCAAGGGUGUCAACCUUCCGAAGACCGACGUUGAUCUUCCGGCGCUCUCUGAGAAGGACAAGAAGGAUCUCCAAUUUGGUGUUAAAAACGGUGUCGAUAUGAUUUUUGCCUCCUUCAUCCGACGGGCGCAAGACGUCAAGGAUAUUCGCCAAGUUCUCGGCCCAGACGGCGCCAGCAUCAAAAUCAUCGUUAAGAUAGAAAAUGAGCAGGGUGUGGAGAACUUCGAUGAGAUACUCCGAGAAACGGAUGGUGUCAUGGUUGCCCGUGGUGACCUUGGCAUCGAAAUCCCUGCUAGUCAGGUGUUCCUUGCACAGAAGAUGAUGAUUUCCAAGUGCAAUAUUGUUGGCAAGCCCGUCAUUGUUGCAACACAGAUGCUCGAGUCGAUGACGUACAAUCCCAGGCCCACCCGUGCGGAGGUCAGCGACGUUGCCAACGCAGUUCUUGAUGGUGCCGAUUGUGUUAUGUUGUCCGGAGAGACUGCAAAAGGAGGUUAUCCUGUCGAGUCUGUUCUUAUGAUGGCUGAGACUUGUCUCAUUGCCGAGUCCGCUAUCUGCUACCCACCCUUAUACAACGAAUUGAAGUCCGUCCAGCCUCUCCCCACGGAUACGGCUGAGACGGUUGCAAUUGCUGCCGUUGCAGCUGCAUCGGAACAGAAGGCCAGUGCCAUCGUUGUGCUAUCCACCAGUGGCAACACCGCCCGCCUGGUGUCUAAAUACAGACCCGUGGCACCUAUUAUUUGCGUCACACGUAAUGAGCAAACCGCGCGUCAAAUCCACCUGCACAGGGGGUGCUACCCAUUCUGGUACCCCGAACCCCGUGGCGUCCAUGAGGGCCAAUGGCAAAAGGAUGUGGACAACCGCAUCCGGUUUGGGUUGAAGAAUGCGCUCGCUUUGAACAUCAUCAAGACAGGCACAACCAUCAUCGCCGUCCAAGGAUGGAAGGGUGGUCUCGGACACACCAAUACGCUUCGUAUAUUGUCUGUGCCCACCGAUUCGGCUGACCUGGAGAUGCAGCCGCUCGGUUCGCAGUGAGCUGGGAAUUGUAUGAAGAUGAACGCAUUUUUUCUCCUUAGAAGCCUGCAAUGAUGUACAGUCUACCAUAGUUUGGCAGAAUAGAUCUGAGACCCAACGGUUCGUUGGGGCCGCGA